UGAUGUGUCAACGGUUGAAUAAAAAAUACCUUCCACUCAAAUCCCCUUGCUCAUGUAUGAAAAUGUAAUUGAAACUUUAGCUUUUAUCGUUUAUACUUGAAAUUUUUUGUCAAGAUAUUUGGUGAUUUUUCUUAUUCAAUCAGCCUACCAUACUCCUCAUUUAUUAUCCAACAUGUCUGGUAAAAGCAGUAUGGAAAAGGUAUCUGAAAUCGACACACAUGUCACUAAGCAGUAUGACAUUAUUCGCAGGCUCGGCAAAGGGGCUUACGGAAUCGUCUGGAAAGCAGUAGACAAGCGGUCCAAAGAGACUGUAGCAGUAAAAAAGAUUUUCGAUGCAUUCCGGAACCAAACAGAUGCUCAGCGUACCUUUCGUGAAAUUAUGUUCUUAUUAUCAUUUGCUAACCAUGAAAAUAUUAUCCAACUCAUAGGACUGCACAAGGCAAACAACAACAAGGACAUUUACCUUGUCUUUGAAUACAUGGAAACUGAUUUACACAAUGUGAUAAAGCGGGGUAACAUUUUGAAGGACAUUCACAAGGUGUUCAUAAUGUACCAGCUGUUCAAGGCAAUUAAAUACAUCCAUUCAGGAAACGUAAUACACAGAGAUUUGAAGCCAUCGAAUAUUCUCCUUAACGCGCAAUGUCAUUGCAAAAUUGCUGACUUUGGGUUGGCUAGAUCUGUUACUCAGAUAUGCGAAGGUGAUAGGGAAUCGGGAAGCGAUCCGACACUCACGGAUUACGUCGCCACUCGCUGGUACAGAGCACCAGAGAUCCUUAUUGCAUCGAAGCGGUACACAAAAGGCAUAGACAUGUGGUCUCUGGGAUGCAUUUUAGGUGAAAUGCUACUAGGAAAACCUCUUUUUCCUGGUUCUUCUACGAUAAAUCAGGUAGAAAGGAUAAUGGGGACUUUGCCACAUCCUACAGAAGAAGAUUUAAACUCCGUUAGCGCAGGAUAUGGUACCAAUUUAUUAGAGAAGACGCCAGCGGGUCCACGCCGCUCUAUUAGAGAUCUUCUGCCAAAUGUUUCUGAGAGUGCAAUAAAUCUAAUAAAUAAAUUAAUUGUCUUUAAUCCUAAUCGCAGACUAACUGCAAUUGAGGCAUUAGAACAUCCGUAUGUUGCCGAUUUUCAUACUAAAGGCAAUGAGCCAGAAAGGGGAUCGAACGUUGUACCUUUGCUCAGAGACGACGUGCAGUUAUCGGUAGAUGAUUAUAGAAACAAACUUUAUGCUAUGAUGGAUGAAAAGCACAAAAAACACAACAAUAUGUCAAAAUCUAGGAUCAGAAGGCUGUCAGAACACAUUCGGAAGGAGACUAGCAGCGCUGUUGGUCAAGGAGAUGGAACUGCAAAAAAAGGUCUUCAUUUAUCAUAUGACGAUCUACGCAAGGACAAAAUCCGAGCUGAAGCCUACAAACAGCCACAAAGUGAGAACCAUGGCCAACCUGCCGUAACUAAAAAGUUGAAUGGUUCAACGUAUAUAAAUGGAAAUGGUCGGAAUGGAAAACCACAGUUAGUUAAUGUGGAUGUAAUGGUGGGUGAUAGAGCUUCGCUGCAAAAUGGGAGAAAUUCAGCAGCACAUUAUGCGUACAAUCUGAUGAAUGGUCCAUUCAAAAACCUUCCUCCAGGCCAAGCAAAGAGCUGUUUAUACUUGAGCCAACAACAUAAUUUGUCUAAAUCUCAACGUUCGAUACAAUCAGACCAAGUAACUCUCUAUGGUCCAAGCGGUCGACUUGGUCUGCAAUCGAAUCAACAAAAGCUACGACGUAAUACAAAACCACAGCUAGUACACAGAACGCCACCAGCAAAUAAUAAUAAUCUGCAAACAAAAGUAAAUCUACCGAAGCGCAUGAAUCAAGAUAGUCCAACGAAUGCCAAAUACCUCACAAAAAUGCCAAAUAAUUUUACAAAACACUUUGCAACUUCACACCAUUCCACAUCCCAGAAUCAAACAAUUCAAAAUUAUUUCAAUCAAACUAUGCCUGUGCAUUUGCAGAGGGAGCGAAUUUCCACUGGCCAAAUUAAAAACACUACUUAUAGCAAUCGUCCAACUGCAGAAUGCAUAAGCAAUAUCAGCAACUACAUCCAUAAUACAAAUUCUGUUUCUGGGUCGUUAGAUAAUCAUAAUAGAGUAAGAAGCGCAGUGGUUCGUGCUCAAACGGCUAAGAAUCAUUUGAGGCAUAAUGCUAUUCAGAAACCAAUAACUACAAUUAGAAAUUUCAGAUCUCUAAAUAGCUACAAUCAAAGUCAUGGGACGAUUACAGCCUCUGCAUAUAAAGAUUUGAAGAAUGGUAAUAUCCGGUGGUAAUUCACAAAUAGGAGGUUUCUGGAACGAAAGUUUUUAACAGGGUAUACUAAACUAUCUUUCAUUAUGUUUUGGUGAUACCUUUUUUUUCUCUGCAAAAAUGUACCAAACAUUUGACCUGGUAAAAAACUUAAAACAUAGGUUUUGAAAAUACAACAGUACACCCGCAAAAACCUCUGAAAAUUGCAAUUUUCGACUGAAAAAAGCUCAACUACAACUAACUUUUGAAAAGUCAAAGUAUUGUAAAAUUACUG